CCAUUUUGGCUUUGAAUCGAUGUGCAUGACGUCACGGAUGGCAGUCAGUCUUGUCACGAGUCGAGCCAUGGAUACAUGGCCUCCGCUUGCUCUGCUUUCCAUCCUCAUCUCCACACUUAUUGUCACAGCAGCAAACGCCGAAAUAUUCACCAACAGUUUCUAUGUGAAACUGCAUGGUAGCCCUGGCCGAGAGGCGGCCGACGCUAUCGCCCUCAAGACUGGAUUCGACAACUAUGGACCUGUUCUGGGUUCGCAGAAUGAGUUCCAUUUCGUGCACAGAGCACUUCCUCACGCUAGAACCCGGAGGAGUAUUCCGCACAUGCGCAAACUCAAAGUCGAUCCACAGGUGCACAUGGCAGUGCAGAUGCCCGGGUUCAAGCGAGUGAAGCGAGGCUACAAGCCGCUGCGGGUGGAGAACCUGGUGCCCGAUAUAGAGCCGCAGCGCGACCCCACCGACCCCUACUUCCCCUUCCAGUGGUACCUGAAGAACACCGGUCAAAAUGGCGGCAAGGCAAAGUUGGAUCUGAAUGUGGAGGCCGCGUGGGCGCAGGGCGUCACUGGCAAGAAUGUAACCACUGCCAUCAUGGAUGAUGGUGUGGAUUAUAUGCAUCCGGACCUGACUAAUAAUUAUAAUGCAAGAGCCAGCUACGAUUUUAGCAGUAAUGAUGCCUAUCCUUAUCCAAGGUACACUGAUGACUGGUUCAACAGCCAUGGCACAAGAUGCGCAGGAGAAGUGGCUGCUGCCAGGGAUAAUGGCUACUGUGGAGUGGGCGUGGCUUAUGACUCGAAAAUUGCAGGAAUCCGUAUGCUGGACCAGCCUUACAUGACAGAUCUGAUAGAGGCGAACUCGAUGGGCCACGAGCCCAACCUGAUUGACAUCUACAGCGCGUCUUGGGGUCCCACCGAUGAUGGCAAGACUGUAGAUGGACCCAGGAAUGCCACCAUGCGAGCCAUAGUCAGGGGAGUCAAUGAGGGGCGCAACAAGCUGGGCAACAUCUACGUGUGGGCGUCGGGCGACGGCGGGGAGGACGACGACUGCAACUGCGACGGGUAUGCGGCCAGCAUGUGGACGAUCAGCAUCAACUCGGCCAUCAACGACGGCCAAAACGCGCACUACGACGAGAGCUGCAGCUCCACCCUCGCUUCCACUUUCAGCAACGGCGCCAAAGAUCCCAACACUGGGGUGGCAACCACUGAUCUGUAUGGAAAAUGCACAACUACACAUUCUGGAACGUCUGCUGCAGCCCCUGAAGCUGCCGGUGUAUUCGCCCUUGCAUUGGAAGCUAACCCGCAACUAACCUGGCGCGACGUGCAACACCUGACGGUGCUGACCUCUAAGCGGAACUCGCUGUUCGACGCGAAGGGUCGUUUCCACUGGACCAUGAACGGGGUGGGGCUGGAGUUCAACCACCUGUUUGGCUUUGGGGUGCUGGACGCUGGGGCGAUGGUCGCGCUAGCCAAGCAGUGGAAGACGGUGCCAGCCCGCUAUCACUGCCAGGGUGGCAGUGUGCAGGACCUUACUGAGAUCCCGAGCAGCCGGUCGGUGCAGCUGAAGAUCAAGACGAACGCAUGCCAGGGCACGGACACCCAGGUCAACUACCUGGAGCAUGUACAGGCUGUCAUCACCCUCAACUCCACGCGGCGAGGCGAUGUAGAGCUCUUCCUUACGUCGCCUAUGGGGACACGAUCGAUGAUUUUGAGCAGACGUGUGCAUGACGAUGACCGCCGGGAUGGCUUCACCAAGUGGCCAUUUAUGACGACCCACACGUGGGGCGAGUACCCCCAAGGCACGUGGGCACUCGAGGUGAGCUUCAACUCACAGAUGCAACAGUCGGGAUUCAUCAAGGAGUGGACGCUGAUGCUUCACGGCACCCGAGACCCCCCCUACAGCGAUCUGCCGGUGUCUGACCCCCAUUCCAAGCUGGCCAUCGUCAAGAAAGCGCAUGAGGAGAGAAAUAAAAUGUAAUUCACUCAACUACCAACGGAAAACGGCCUUGUAGGCCUUACUUGACUCACCACUGAUAUAGUCAACAAAAGUUUAUGCUAUUAUAUUUUAUUCAAUCACUAUUUAUCCUAUUUAUUGAUAUCAAUUUUCCAAUUUUCCAAUCUCAUGGAAAUUUUUUGGAGAUUGAUGAGGAUGUCAGUUCAUUCCUUAGUCCUCUUUGAAGAUCUAUCUCCAAUCUUGUCUACACAGGAGUUGUACACUUGUACACCAAUUUCGUGUGCAUGUGUAUAACACAGUGAUAAUUGAAUAUCAAUUAUUAUUAACACACGUGUAUAACAUAGGCAUUGAAUAAUAAAAACAACAGUGUCAAAAAAUCUUAAUUCUCUAUUUCCAGAGAAUAUUGGAGUACCUAACUUCUUAUUUCCAUGAAAUAAAAAAAGAUAAUUUUCUAAAGCAACCAAGCUUAAACAAGCUACAAAUCUGAAAAUUUUUUGUGAGAACCAUUCCAAUAUGAUUUUGGAGUUAAUGAAACUGUGCAAUAGUGUUCAAGUGUUCUUCAGACACAUUUGCUUUGCCAAUACUGUCAACAGUGUCGGAAUAUUUCAGUCAAAUCAUAGAAAUUUUGUAGUUGUAUUUAAAAAGUAUCGUAUUGUUGAACUGAUUACAAAAAAGUAAUGACUUUUUGGUUAUCCAUAGACUUUCUGUCCAAUGAAUGUUAUAUUUUUCCACUUUCAGUUGAACUUUUGAGUCUUUGAAUGAAUUUGAAGAAUUGAGUGUCUUUGACUGAAAAAUUGCUUUAUUGGAAGAGAAUUGCUGGAAAUUCUGCAGCGAUUCCAUAGAAGAGUUGGUAAUUGGUAAGAUAUGCCCUAUCACAACAUUGUCCGUAGUUUGACAUUGCAAUAAGGUGCACUAACAUCAUAGAUUGAGAUUGAAAUAACAUGGUAGAUUUUAAUCUAAUAUUGUAGUUUGUUUGAAAGUUAUAUCUCAUUCCAGAAAUUAAUAUUGUUAACCAGACAUAAUGCAAAUAUGUUUAAUAAGUUCAUAUUAUAUGAGGGUAUGCCCUCCAAUCGUGAAAGCCGUGCUUUAUAAUACAAUAAUAAGACAGAUACCUAUAAAUAGCAAGCAAAUUAUGAAAUUUUCUAGUAAUUGAUUCAUAUCUCGGAUGAAUUGAUUUCUUGAAAAGCCGCCUCAAAUAAAUGAAGAAAUAAACUUAUCCUUUGAUGUGAAAAAUGUUAUUAGUGGAAGAUAUUGAGAUUAUUUUACUUGAGAAGUAUGAAAAAUUGAUUAUUCAUUCGAAUUUAGACUGAAAAAAAACCAGGAGUGAUUAAAAGUGUAUUGAUCUCGAAAUUAUUGAAUACUUGAACCCUAAAAUACAAGUCACUAUCUCUAAAAUAUAGUUAAAUGAAACUGUUAAGAAAAGUGAUAGCAGUAAAUGGGGGAUUGCAUUGCCAAAAGCAAUAAGAUUUCAUUGACAAUAUGAUUCAUUGUUGUGAUUGAAUCACUUGAUGAUCACGUCUUAAUUUCAUGCUGGUGAGCAAAGUAAUAAGUUUGAUUUUUCAAUGUUCUCAAUGCUGAAAAUACGGGUAAAAUAUAUCAAUACAUAGGCCCACAUUAUUACUAUUUUUGAAAUCCAAAUUCAUUAUUAUUAUCCAAUUUGAAACCUCAAUUUGGGGAGAAGAUUGAGAACCGUUUAUAAAACGUGGCUGGGCCUAAUAUCACGUUAUUAUAAACUUGAAAUGUCUUAGAGUUGAGGAAGAUCCAUUCAAAGGCUCAAAUAUCACAUAAUAAUAAACUUCUUAUUCGACCCUCACAAUCCCAAUAUGCUAUAUAAGUUAUGUCAAGUAAGGUAGCAGCCUACACAAUGUAAGCUUCUACAUGAAUUUUGCAUUCUUGUAUCUGGGGAGUUUACAGUCAUGUUAUACCAGUAUGCUUGUAACAUUCAUACAUAUUAUAUUGUGUGUGAUAUCGAGAGUGUAUGAGAGUAGAAGUUAUUAAAUUCCACGACCGAGAGACAUAUUGUAACAUUUUGUCAUGCUCUUAUUGGAAAUAGUUUGACUUACGAUACGAGAAAUACAUCUUCCUCUUACUGCUCAUAUUUUAUAUUGGUAUAAAUAUUUCAUAUGAAUAUGGAUAUUUCACAAAAUAUAAAAUAAUCAGUAUAUAUUGAUUUCAGAAAAAGUGGUUUUAUCGUUGGACGCAGGUAUUGAUCGUUUGAGACAAAUAAGAUGUUGGUAUAUUGAUUAGAUACAUAAAACAUUAUGAAACUGAAAGUGGAAAAUUGAUUUCAUUCAAGACUUGAAAUUCAUAAAAUAUAAUAAUAAUUGAUAAUGGAUUGAGGUUGAUUAUGUGUUUAUGUCAUUGAUAAAUGUUUAAAUAAAACUGAGAUUGGAGUCUCAUGAAGUCUAUGAAUAGGCCUAUUUCAAACUGAAAAUGAUAUGAAAUCAAUAUAAUUCUCCUCAAAUAAGAACAAAUAUUAUAAAAUCGUUAUAAACUGUUAAUGAGUUCAAUGGAAAGAUUUUUAUCAGUUAAAUUUGCCUUUCAAUUUUUAUAUUAUUUAAUGAAUUGUUGACUUUUGGUGGUGAGAUAAAAAAUUAUGAAUAACAUGAUUUUGAAGGAGUGGAAGAAAACUCCUCAACUAUUAUUUUGCACGCACAAAAUUCAACUGAAUUGUAUCAAAAAUUUACAAAAUAUUUUUCUUGAACCAAAAUUUCCAACUUUCAGCGUGUUUACUAUGAGACAGUUUUUUGGACAAGAUUAUUGUGAAUCAAUACUUCAUGAAUACCAUGAAUUAUGUGUUUAAUAGCUAUGGUUGACCUAAGUGAACAAUGUUCCAGAAAUGAGCAUUGUUUCUUAUGAACAACUUUAGAAUAUAAAAAUUCUUAUUGAACAUGAUUCUUAUGAAAUACUGUUAAGACUUGAAAAUGUUCAACUUGAAUCAUGAACUCCUAGCUAAUUUUCGAGUCUUGAUGAAGUGAGUCGAUGGUUGAUGUAUUGAGAUAGGGUGAAUACCUAGAAUGUGAAAAAAUGUUUCAAGAGGCCAGAGAAAUGUUAAUAAUUGGCCAGUUUGAAUGAAUAAUUGACAAGUUAUUCUUAUAAAGCUAAAAUGAAUACUGUGGGUAAAAUUUCUGAAAUUAAUCUGUUCUCAGUCAGUUUGAAAACUGAAUGAAACAAUAUUGAUUGGGAAUAGAAUAUUCUGUAGAUAAAAUCUCCAGAAUAUUCCAAAUUGUAGGUUACGAUAUUGGAUGAAGUCUUUAAUGCUUGAACAAAACAAAUUACAGAAAAUGAAAGGAAGAGAAAACUUUCAUAAUAAGUUAUGUGACUAAAAAUGAUAGAGGAUCAGGAUUUCAAUCGUUGUCAUGAUCUUUAUUUUUGUAUUGGCCUGAUAUGGAUAGUGUGUAAAAAAAUGGAAAGAAAUAGAGUCAUGAAGGAAAAAUCUAUGGAUUUUCAAACUUGUGACCAACAAAAUCUAAUACUUAAACAAACAAUCUAGUCACUAAUCUUCCUAGUCAAUCUGCAUUUUCAAAGCUAUAACUGCUAAUAUCUUCAAUUUAUUAUUUUUAUGUCUUUCAAUUGUAAAUCCUUGUCAUUGUUAGAGCUAGUAUGACUCCAAUUCCUUGGCAUUUGUCAACUUAGAAAAUUCAACCAAUAAUUAUAUUAUAUUGUUAAAAAUUGGAGCUAAGUUAUUUUCAACUUAUUCGUGUGUAAAAUAUGUUGAAAAUGUAAUUUACUUGUUUUUCAAAGUCGAACUAGCUCGAAAAAAAUGUUCAUUUUUAUUCUUCUCAUAUCUAUGUGAAUGGUAGCUGUAGAAUAAAUUAUGUUGCUUACAAUUCUCAUUGAUUGAAAGUUAUGCCUUCUUUGAAAAUCUUUAUUACAAAUUAUUAAUCCGUUGAUAAUGAUAUACUCUAAUAUUUUGAAAUAUUGAACGAAGAACAGCUCUUGUGCUGUACAGGAGUUUAUAGGAUGGUUUUAUACAUGAUGAGAGAUGAUACUUCUGUAAAUAAAUAUGCUGAUCUAAUGACUCCAUGUUGUUAAAUGUUCACCCUAUAGGUACAUGAUAAUAUUCUAUGCUUCAAAGUGAUGAAUUUUUAUUGAGGCAUAUAAUCAAAUAGUAUAAUAAUGCAUAGUUCAACUCUUAGAUUUUUCCAAUAUCAUUCCCAUGAUGGCGCAGGCGCUAUAUCUUGGAACCCUGUAGUGAAAAUAAAAUUGAAAUCACAAAAAAAUCAAAAUAUCUCCUAUAUAUUUAUAAAUAUUAACACACUCCGCCCAGCUAUGUCAUUAACCUAUAGAUGAUAUCCGAAGGAACACAUAUCUUUUAGCAGGUUCAUAAUUUCAAUUUUUGAAUAAUUCUUUUCAGUAGUAUGGUUGUAUAUCACCCUAAUUAUCAUCACCUCCAAUUAUAUAUAUGAAAUAAAAUGAUAUUUGUCUAUUUCCAGAGAGUAACUAGUCAGUGAAUACUCUUAAUCUGAUUAACCAAUAUUGUACAACAAGUAGCUUAAAAAUAUUUCAUUAGUGAGGCGGUCAGAGUAACCUGGUGUGUGUAGAAAUAAUCAAUUUUUGAAAUUUCUAUAAAUUAGAUUUUGGUUAUUGUGAGCUAAUUUUUGAUGAAACUCAUGUUUUGUAUAUAUGGGAAAUAUAUUUUCAUGUGUUCUGGGAUUGAUUGAGUGGACAAACUUUGAAGCCAUCUGAGGAUCUCCAUAGUUGUUUACUUCUUUUGUUCCCGUUCUCUAGCAGAUUCGAAUGGACCAUGAUACGGUGACAGUUACCGUACUAUAUUUGUAAUUAUUGGAAUCAAAUUGAUAAGGAUGAGUAAUAACAAGUAUUAUUAUCAUCUAAUUAGUGAUUAAACAAUACUUCUGUGUAUAAAAUAGUUGAAGAUUAUAAAGUGGAUAUAUGAGAAAUAAAGUUAUAGAUAUUCUGAUAGUA